AUGUCCCCAAACAGUCGGCAGACGGCCCAAGUGCAUGGCUUGGUCGGAAAGCCGUUGCUAUAUUUCACAAGUGUCUUCGUAUCGUUGGGAGUUUUCCUCUUCGGUUACGACCAGGGAGUUAUGUCCGGGAUUAUAACGGGUGCUUAUUUCAAUGACUACUUCGAUCAACCCUCGAAAGCUGCAAUCGGCACUGUGGUCGCCAUAUUGGAAGUUGGGGCCUUCAUUUCCUCUCUACUAGUCGGACGAAUUGGCGAUUUGAUAGGUGGGGCACUGCAGGCUUUCGCGACGGACUUGUCCAUGAUGAUGGUCGGCCGUAUCAUUGCCGGUCUGGGAGUCGGAGCAUUGUCCACAAUAGUUCCAGUCUAUCAAUCUGAGAUCUCGCCGCCCCAUAAUCGAGGGAAGCUGGCGUGUAUUGAGUUCACCGGCAAUAUUUCCGGUUACGCCGCCAGUGUCUGGGUUGACUACUUUUGUAGUUUUAUCGACAGCGACUACUCAUGGCGUCUUCCACUACUAUGCCAGUGCAUCAUGGGCGCCCUACUUGGUGUAGGAAGCCUAAUAAUAUGUGAAUCGCCGAGAUGGCUACUGGACAACGACUACGAUGAGGAAGGCAUGAUGGUUAUAGCUAACCUCUAUGGAAAAGGAGACCUGCAUAAUGACAAGGCUAGACAAGAGUAUAGAGAGAUCAAAAUGAACGUGCUUCUUCAGCGGCAGGAGGGUGAAAGAUCCUACACUGAUAUGUUCAGAAGGUACCGCAAGCGAGUAUUGAUAGCAAUGUCAGCCCAGGCCUUGGCCCAGCUGAACGGCAUCAAUGUCAUUUCAUAUUACGCGCCGCUUGUGUUUGAAUCGGCAGGGUGGGCAGGCCGCGACGCCAUUCUGAUGACAGGGAUUAAUGCAAUCUCUUACCUUGCAUCCACAGUUCCUCCAUGGUAUCUUGUGGACCGCUGGGGAAGACGACCGAUCCUACUCUCUGGAGCAGUUGCAAUGAUCAUUUCUCUCUCUUUGAUCUCAUAUUUCAUCUAUAUUGACGUGGCAGCAACCCCUACCCUGACAGUCAUAUUUGUCAUGAUUUACAAUGCCGCUUUUGGUGCCUCGUGGGGACCAAUACCAUGGCUAUACCCCCCGGAAAUACUACCGCUGAGCAUUCGAGCUAAGGGUGCUAGUCUCAGCACGGCCUCUAAUUGGGCCUUCAACUGGCUAGUUGGAGAGGUUACACCUGUUCUUCAAGAUGCUAUCAAGUGGCGCCUCUAUCUUGUCCAUGCCUUUUUUUGUGCCUGCAGUUUUGUCCUCGUCUACUUUCUAUACCCUGAAACUAGUGGCGUCCGCUUGGAAGAUAUGAAUUUACUUUUUGGGGACGCAACGACCGCAGUACCCACACCAGCUACGCAAGGAGAAAGAGGGUCCCUAAUGGGUGCAGGUUCUCCUGUUUCCUCUCUUGACAUCCGGCGACAGUAUGGUCAACUUGGAGCAGAAAGCGCCAUCCCUGGGCUGGAUAUUGACCCUCCGAAUAUGAACAGCGACGAUAACAAUAAGUCGAUCAGACCUGGCUCUCAGGAGGGCGAUCACAGCCCAUCAGAAGGUAUAGCUGGUUGGAUUUCCAACAUGGUUUCGCGUCACAGGCGAUCAGGGCAUCCGGGGCAACAAGACCGCCAGUAUAGGAGGCUUGGGCAAGAGGAAGAUUAG